AUGGACAUCGGCUCGGCAAUUUUAAUAAUUGGCUUCGCUGCUCUUGUUGCAGCCUUCUUCCUUCUGGUAAUUGGACUUGUUUACUCCGAGCUGAUGAAUUCAGACAUUCCUCGUGGGGUUGCAAAUAGUGGGAAGCUGCACAUGGUUCAUGGCUUGUUUGUUGGCAUGGCAAUUGUGGGUCGGAUCCUACAUCGCCUGGGCAUUUGUCAUCAGGUUACCUUCAUUCGAUGGUUCGUGGCCUGUUUUCUGACUCGCUUGAAACAAGUUCCCGCAGGUCUGCGAGUGAAGGACAUGAAGUUUUCUGAGGUGCCAGUGCGAGUAUAUGAACCCACCUCUGUGUGUGAUGGCUUGAGAAGAGGCCUUGUGUAUUUCCAUGGAGGAGGAUGGGUGCUGGGCAGUAUAGAUUCUGUUGAUGAAGUCUGUCGGCACAUCGCCAAGGAAUCUGACACCACAGUGAUUUCUGUCGGGUACCGAUUAGCCCCUGAGCACAGGUACCCUGCCCAGCUGGAUGAUUGCGAGGCAGCAACCUGUCACUUUCUGUCUGUGGCUGAGACAGAGUUCAGCGUGGACUCUAACAGAGUGGCAGUCGGAGGGGACAGCACUGGGGCUAACCUGGCAGCAGCACUGUGCCAAAGGCUGGCGAGGAGAGAGAACGGACAUCUGCCAUUCCCUCGUGCUCAGGUCCUCAUCUACCCAGCCCUGCAGAUGGCAGAUUUCAACCUGCCCUCAUACCAGCAAAAUCAUGCUGUGCCCAUAUUGUUUCGUGGCCGGAUGGCAUUCUACUUCCUGCAGUACCUCAAUGGAGACAUGUCUGUGUGCCAAGAAGUGCUGGAAGGGAACCAUGUCCCCAUUGAGCUCAGGUCACGCUAUGAAGACUGGCUUUCCCCGUCCAACUUACCUCCUGACUUCCUCAAGCGAGGUUUUUGCGAGCCCCCAGCCGCAGAAUAUGAUGCGGAAGUGUAUCACACAAUCAAAGCCGGUCUAGAACCUGAGGUCUCACCUUUACUGGCGGACGAUUCUAUUAUUCAGAAAACCCCGCCAACCUUCAUCCUCACCUGCGAGUAUGACAUCCUGAGGGAUGAUGGGAUUCUUUACAGGAAACGGCUGCUGGACUUGGAAAUGAAUGUCACCUGGCAACAUGUGGUGGACGGUUUUCACGGCAUGCUUAACUUUUUUAACCAGGGCUGGCUCAGCUUUCCCUCUGCACUGCGGGUCGUGGAUAGUGCUGUUGACUAUGUAAAAACACUGUGA